CAUGUUAUCAUCAAAGAGUCACCCUGCAUCAAUGAUCGAUAAAGGUCAUCAUUGUAUAUUUAACAAUACUUUAGGGGAAGAUAUCAUAUUGAUUUUACCGUUAUGUUUUGUUAUUUUACACAUAUUUCUAUUAAUGUUAAAAGACAGUGUGCAUGCUUAAGUUGUUUUGAAGCUUAUAAUGUUUUUGACGUUUACCUUCAGAUUGUCUCACGCAACAGUGAUUCGUACUUGAACACAGUUUUUACUUUCAUUGUUGACAAAUAAAAAUAUAAUCAUUUAAGAUUUUUAUAUUUGGGAUUUUGAAUAAUUGGAUAAAUAUGAGUAGAUUUAAAUAUGAAGUCAAGUGUAAACUGGAUAGACUCAACGAAGAAAUGAAAUCAUGGAUAAAACAAGUAGACUAUGCUAUCCGUUUGUGGUCCAGACUCCCAGACUCUACUCUCUAUGGGUCUUACGAGCAGGUACUGACACUGAUGUACCGAAAACUUGAAAGUGCUGGGUAUAAGAAACUGAAGGAAAGGCAGACGACGACGAUUAUCAAAAGGAGUACUUCCCCCGAGACGAGGGCUGUUGAAUUCGAGUUGAGGAAAACAUUGGAGAUGGAAAUGUUAAAAUCUAUCAACCUUCUGGAAGCUCUAGAAAAGGAGAAAAUAAAACGGAAGCUGGUAGAGGACGAAAUGAGAGAAACGAAAAGGAAGUUUGAAAAGUCAAAUGUUCCUCCAAAAUAUAUAGUAAAUGAACGAGACAGUAGUAUGGAUAAAGAUGUUGAUCAGCUUCUGGAGCUUGACAAACAGAUAGCUGAACAUAUGGACGAAAUGGACAUUCCUGGAAGCAGCGCAGAAGGACUAGUGACGGACAGAAGCGGUGGCCUAUCCACAGACAGAGCUGUUUCAGAACAAACAAACGCACCAGCUGUUAUAACUGAAGUGUUUAAAUCUGUGUUCAAUAACGAAUGGAAUGAUUGUUUUACUGAAAUGACCAAACGAUAUACAGAUGACCAUGCUAUUGAAUUAUUACGGCGAUGGCUCAAGGAAUGUUAUUUUACAUGCGUGGCAUUAACAAAGGAGCAAAGGAAAAACGUAAAAGAUGAUACACUUAAAUGUUUCUUUAAAUUUAUGCAAUCACAAGCUGUUGUGUCAUUAUCAGAUAAAUGUAAAAAGUACAUAAGGACAUAUCAGAAGAAAACAGCCAAGGAGGCGUUACCUUUAAUUGAACAGCUGUGUACUAAACGAAUCACCAGAGGUCAAAACUUUGGCACUGCUGCGACAGAGUAUAUAAAGAAGUGUGCUGAGGUUUGUUGGAUUAUGAACGUGCAGAAUCCUUCUAUUUUCUUGGACUUUGACCUCAGAUAUGGAUAUGUUAUUGAUCAACAUUCUUUUUCAACGUUCAGAAAACAUGGUGACUACGUCAACUAUGUUGUAUGGCCUGCUGUUUAUUUGAACAGAAAUGGGCCAAUCUUGUGCAAAGGAAUUGUUGAAAGUCAAUAAAUAUGCAAUCGUUAUCAUUUAAGUGUAUACAAGUAUGGAAGAGUGCAUGUGUGUUUGUGUGUGUGUGUGUGCAACUGACAAGGGGAGAUAUUCAUGACAUUUUUUUUUUUUGUUAAAAUUUUACAGAGAACUGGCUCAAGUUAAAACCAAUGUGGAGAAACCUGUGCUGAUGAAAUAAUCAUGAAAAACAGUAAAAAUAACAUAUGCAAAUCCAUUAAACCGUGCAAUAUCAACAAUAAAAUCAAUUUCAUUAUUAUCAUAAUUUUAUUAAAUUUACUGUGAUAUAAUAAAAUACACUCAUUAUCUUUACAUUAUUUUAACUUUCAGUCCUAUUUUUCUGACAAACAGUUUCAGGGCUACAGCUACAUUGACAUUACAAUAUAUUUUUUUAUUUAUCAAGUAUACAAGUUUGACUGAGCUGCCACAAACUCAUAGAAUGAAAGAUUGUACAUAGAUUUUAAAAAAGUUAUAGUUUUGUAGUGAUAAGUUGGCAUUUAUGGGUCAGAUUACAGUACUUAUUGUUUUAUAUAUUGAAUAAAAUUGAGAAUAGCUAUGGGGAAUAUGUCAAAGAGCCAACAACCCUAACAAAGAGCAGACAACAGCCUAAGGCCACCAAUGGGUCUUCAACACAGAUGGAAAUUCCCACACCCAGAGGUGCUUUACAGCAGGCCCCCAAAUAAUAUUGUCUACUAGGAAAUUUAUAUUCAGGCAUACUAUAAUGCAUGAAUACAGUUCAGCAGUAAAUACUUCAAAAUGGAUCAAAUAUAGCUUUUAAACAAUGUUUACUUCUAUAUAUCAAUUGCUAAGAAAUGUGAUGGAAUAAAGUACCUACUCCUAAAACAAUUCAAAGUGUCAGAUAGUAAUGGUUAUUUAUAAUAAUGAUUACAAAUUCUUUAUUUAAAGAGGGUAUAAACAGUAAGUUACGAUAAGUAAUCUUCCCUGAGGACCUUAUAUACAACACAAGUAGAAAAUAAUAAUAAUAAGAACAAAAAGCAAACAACAACAUACUAACACAAAGUCAGUUCACAAUUACAUACUCAUGAAAGUUAUGUGUA